AGGAGAGGGCCUGGGUCUUCCCUCCAGAGCCAUACUGGGCCCCCCGCCCCCCCGUCCAUUUAACUGUAAAUCUCAUUAAGUGUCAUUAGCCAAGAAGAGUUUCUACGGGAUUAGAGGGUGCCCCGCCCCAUGUCUACCUUGUCUCCUUCCCUCAACCCAGAAAUCGCAUGAGCUGGGACAAAGAGAGUUAAGAGCUGUAUCAGCUGCUGGUCUGGGACAGACGGACGGAAGGAAGAAGACAGGUGGCGCUGCGUGACAGGUGGCUGAGAGGCCAGGUGAACCGGAGGAGAGUUGACUGGCGGGGUGGCUGGCAGAUGAAAAGACAAGCAGGCAGGUGGCCAGACAGAUAGAUAGCAGAGCGACCGACAGGCUGAGACUGCAGCAGUCACGUGGAGGAGCCGGCAGGCGGAGAACCAAGAACCUGGAAGUGGCCCACCAUGGUGUCCAGCACCUUUUUUCUCCUGUGUUUUAUUGGGCUCAGCCGCGAGGACGCACAGAAGAUUUUUAAAGGCACAGAGUGUAUCCCUCACUCUCAGCCUUGGCAGGUGGGGCUGUAUGAAGGUACACAGCUGCGCUGUGUGGGGGGGGUCCUCAUUGACCGCAGGUGGAUUCUCACAGCUGCUCACUGCAGCGGCAGCAGGUACUGGUUGAGCCUGGGGGAACACAGCCUCAGCCAGCUGGACUGGACCGAAAAGAUCCGGCACGGUGGCCUCUCCGUGACCCACCCUGGCUACCAGGCAGCUCUGCAGAACCAUGACAAUGACCUCCGGCUUCUGCAACUGGGCUUCCCUGUCCUCUUGACCCGCAGCAUCCAGCCCCUGCCCCUGCCCGUGACCUGUGCAGUGGCUGGCACCAAGUGCCGCAUCUCGGGCUGGGGCACCACCAACCACCCAGGGAACCAGCUGUCAGACCAACUCCAAUGCCUUAACCUCUCGAUCGUCUCUAAUGCCACCUGCCGGGCGGCGUUCCCCGGGAGAAUCACGGACAACAUGGUGUGUGCCGGCGGCGUCGCUGGGGAGGACGCCUGCCAGGGUGACUCUGGGGGUCCCCUAGUAUGCGGAGGAGUCCUUCAGGGUCUGGUGCCCUGGGGAUCCGUGGAGCCUUGUGGGCAAGAAGGCAUCCCAGGGGUCUACACCAAUAUUUGCAAAUACGUGGACUGGAUCCGGAUGGUCAUGAGGAACAACUGAUCUGCUCCCUCCACCGUCAUGCCUCAGCUUGGGGGCCACUUUGACCCUCAGAGCGCCAAUACCUCCUCCAUCAUCACCCCCAGCUCCCACUCUUCUUGGACUGGGGAUCUUCUUCCUGGAACUCCAACUCCAGCCAGCCCUUCUAAGACCCAUGGUUGGGGGAGGAGGGAGUAUGCGACUAUCUGGAAUAAAUCUAACUGGAGGAGGGGCUGUGUCUGUUUGAUCCCCUUGCUGGUUGAGAUCGGAGGGAGAGUUACUCAUCAGCUACCCUACCCACAGGUGUAGAAAUAGAGAUCAGAGAGGGGGAGGGUUUUCCCUCAGGGGCCACACAGGAAUGGACUAGAGAAAGUUACUUAUAACAGCAAAAAAUUAAGGUCAUUUUUCUCCAUCUGCCGCAACAGGAACACUGCCUAGAGCUUAUAAGCUGAACUGGGACAGGGGUGUGUGCGGACAGGAUUGUUGGCUCCAAAAUACCAAAUGAAAACUGCAAAAUCAAAAUCCACUACCAGUUAAUUAAGUGUCUAUAAAACGUAACAUUCUUCCAACUAGCCAAUUGCAACUUGGCUCAGCUGGAGUUGAGCACCUAUUAUAUUUAAUGUGGGGUGCGGGUUUGUUUUAAUACAUCUGCAAUGAUGGAGGGUGGGGUGCAGCCUUGGAAAGCAAGAGGACCCAGCCUAGGUCUUAAAAUAGUUCUGCCCACCUCUCAGGUUCUGUCUUCACAGCCUCUCCAGGAGUUGGAAAGAGAAUUUCUUCUCCCCAAUGAACGGAAGGGAAAUUUGAGGUGGGAGAGGGUGAGGGGAGACUAUGAGAGCUGUGGGAGCUUUUGCUGACUGCCUAUUGUACUUGGCUCUCCUGGAGUCCUCAUCCCAACCCCCUGAGGCAGGGCUGUCACUCCCAUCUCACAGAUGAAGAAACUGAGCCUCGCCGGGGUGGAGUCUCUCGUCCCACAUCACUGUGGUAGGAAGAGGUAGUGCCAGGGUUUGGGGCCAGGGCUGGCUGCUGUCAGAACCCAGGCCUACCCCAUAGUCUUGCUUCACAUCUCGUUAGGGGAGAGAGGAGGGUAAGACAGAGGGAGAGCUAACUGAUAACAAACAAGCUGGGAGAAGUAGGGAUCGUCACUUGAGUUUUGCAGACGAGGAAAUUGAGGUGGCACAGAUUUGGGAAGUCAUCGGACCUAGGUCACAGAGCAACUGAUAUGUAGCUCAUCUGGGAGAACACAACCUCCAGUGACGGGAUGGCUGUGAGCGCACCCGAGCAGCCACUGAGUCCUUCCCCCACCCAGACUUCAACAGCAGCCUGCGCAACAAAGCCCGCUGCCACGAC